CUCGCGUCUUAUUCUUCCACCUCGCGAUGGCAGCAGCACUCGAAAGAGAGAGUCUAAUGAAACUAUGCUCAGGAGAAACAUACGAAAAAGCACAGGCCAUUCUACGACUUGCGAAAACCAAAACUGGCCCUGGCUCUGGGUAUCUCGUCGCCCACGCUAAUGCACUCCCGGGUGUCUGUGCGUACCUCGCGUCAGAAGAACUGAACAACAAUGAAGUGUCACAAAAAGCCGCUAUCGCGAGCGCUUGCAUCAGUCAGAAUGAUUUUACGAAGGCCUUGAAUACUGUGCGGCAAGCACUUGGCCCUACGGGGAAACAGCACACGAGGGGUCUGAAUUAUAGAUCGCUCAUUGGCACGUACCGUGUAGCGCCACCCGACGAGGCCUUGGAGUGGAUGCGCGAGGUAGAAAGCAGUGUCCCCAAGGUAGACAUGCUUCGUACGCGCCAUCGAGCCAGCACGGUAACUUGUGCUAUAUUUUACUGGAUCUGUCAGAUCAUGGAGGUUCAGGGGGUGCAAGAAAAAUCACUUUGUCAAAUCCAUGACGUCUCCCUACCUGCGUUCAAGUCCGUCAUAAAGGCCCUCGACAAGGAUUGCGAUGCGGUCGCUGACCGCAUCAAAUCUCAACUACAAGAAACUAAUUCGUCUGGACCAUCUUCGAGACUUCGGACUCGUCCUUCUACCUCACCACAGAAGUCUCCAUCCAAGUCCGCCAUGAAAGCCAGACCACAGGAUGUCACGCCAGCCAAACCCCUGGCACUCAAACGCAUGGUUGUAUUCUCACACGACGCUUUGGAUGGUUCCGACGAUAUCUCAUUACCCGAAACUCCAACCAAAAGACGUCGGGUUGAGCUACGUUCUAAACCUGGCGCAAGCGUCUCGCCCACAAAGCGCACAGCUACGCCACAGAGAACCGCAUCCUCAAUAGCUGCAUUUGAACAGGCCAUCAGGGGAGAUUCCACCCCGCGCCAUGAACAGCAAAAACCUAUAUUCUCUGUUGCUAUAUCUAGUGACGCCCAUUCUCCAUUGCCUGGUCCCUCCACCCCGCGGCGCACGCGAAGCCAACCUUCUAGAUUAGCUGAAGAUCCAGCUGCAAUGGAAGUCGACGAACAGCGAGCGGAGCCUCCAGUGCGCAAACGUUUCCGACCAGUGUUCCUGGAUCAGCAGCAGUGGUGCAGUCGAGAUCCAAAACUUGCCAAGAUCUGGGACGCUGCUGUAGAGCAUAGGACGCGGAUGAUGGGGCUUUAUGCACAUCCUUUUGAUCAGUAUCGUCCUGUUGCAUCCUGAGUCACGUAGGGGCGAAGUUAGAGGGAUGCUGUGAUUAUCGCCGAUAUCGUUAUCAUUCUAAAUCACGAUUGUUGUAUCUCACCGUCCAUAAUCGUGCAACCGCCUCGGAAAUCUGUAGAUUAUAGCAUCAAUUGACCUGUGCACGCUUGAACAUUGCGUGAUGCAGGGUGCUUCCUCGGCGAUUAGAU